CUUGCAUCACGGCCCCAAAUUUCAAAAGUUUCCAUCCUCCCCGCCGCUCACCACCGCCCGCCCGCCCUCCUCCGUUUCUCGUCACCACCGGGACAAAGCCCCAAUAUUCUAUUUCGAGGCGGGCUUGUUUACCAUAUAAUGAGCUCAUUUCGGACCAUCUCGAGGAAUGCUCCUCCAGCUUCUUUCUCGCGAGCUUCGGCUCUAAAUGCGUCCGCGGCUCCCUACAGGAGGUCGCCAGCGGGCCGGAGGUUGUUAUCAUGCGGCCCGGCGUCGCGCAGUCACAGCAGUCAUGUCUUCUCGACAACUGCAAUUUCUUCGCAACUCCCGACCUUGAGGUCUCAAUUCUUACCCGACACCUUACGGACGGCGACGCUGUCGCCGUCGCAACUCCGAACCUUUUCCUCCUCUCCAUCCAGUCGGCAGGAUGUGAAGCCCGAGACCAAGUCGGAGACCAGCUCUCCCGGAACAAAGCCACCAAAGACGGCGGAAUCAGCGGCAGGAGAGCAGUCCCAGAAGCAAGAAGAAUCCCAACAGGAGUCCGGAGAGAAAAAGGCAGGCGAGGAAGGCGAGGAAGGCAAGAAAGAGGAAAAGAAGGAAGACGCACCCCCGCCCCCACCGCACGGCGACAAGACACCGUGGCAGGUGUUCAUGGAAACCAUGCAGAGCGAGUUUAAGGCCUCCAAGGAAUGGAACGAGUCGACAAAGCAACUCGCCCAAGGCGCAACCGACUUUGUGGAGAGCGAGAAUGUCCGGCGGGCGCGCGAGGCUUACGAGAAGACCACCGGUGCUGUCUCGACAACUGCCGGAAAGGUCUUGAAAAACACAGCUGGCGCAGUCGGCAAGGGAGCGGCAUGGACAUGGGACACCUCAGUGAUGAAGGGUGUCCGGAAAGCGGCAAACGUUACCGGCGAUGCCAUCGACAAGACGACCAAGCCAAUCCGGGACACUGAGGCUUUCAAGAGCGUCAAGAGUGUCAUUGACGAUGGCAGCAGCUCGAGAUACGGCGGCUGGGUGGAGAAGGAGGAGCGGAGGAAGCAAAGAGAGCUGCGCGAGCAGAUGGAGAACCCCAACGGACCGAGAAAGCACGAGGUUCUCGAGGAGGAUCCCAACGCCGGCACCAACGUCACUGUACACAAGGACGCGCAGUGGAAAGAGGCCUGGACCAACUUCAAAGACUCCAACAAAUUUGUCCAGGGCCUCUUUGGCAUGAAGGAUGUCUACAACGAGUCGGAGAACCCCCUAAUCCUCACUGCGCGGAGCAUAACAGACCGUGUGGCCGGUUUCUUCGCCGAAAACGAGACGGCAAUGGUCAUCAAAAAAUUCCGUUCGAUGGACCCCAACUUCCAAGUGGAGCCUUUCCUGCGCGAACUGCGCGAGUACAUCCUUCCCGAGGUUCUCGACGCCUACGUCAAGGGUGAUGUCGAGACGCUGAAACUGUGGCUGUCCGAGGCGCAGUACUCGGUGUACGAAGCCCUCACCAAGCAAUAUCUGCAGGCCGGGCUGAAGUCAGACGGACGCAUCCUCGACAUCAGGCACGUCGACAUCCUGAAAGCGAGGAUGCUGGAGCCGGGUGAGAUCCCAGUUUUCAUCAUUACCUGCAGGACGCAGGAGGUACAUGUCUACCGAAACGCAAAGUCGAAUGAAUUGGCCGCGGGCAUGGAGGACAAGGUUCAACUCGUCACCUACGCCAUCGGCGUGACAAGGACGCCGGACGACGUUAACAACCCCGAAACAAGAGGCUGGCGGUUGAUCGAGAUGCAGAAGAGUGCGAGGGAGUACAUCUGAUCUCCUGGCUUCUCUGCUCCAGUCGAACCCCCAAUACCACUCCACCAUCGACCCACCCGCCAAGUCUACUCUGUGACAGAAGCACACUCACGAGUGGCCAACAGCUCGACAACUAGCGGCUUGCGACAACUCUACCGAGCCUUGCUUCGAACGACCUCGUAGCAUUUAACUGAUUGUCUUAUUACUGUGCUUGAAAACCUGUAAAUUUAUACCAGCGAAUCGGAACCCGGACGGAGGGAUCUGGUACCCAAUGAAAGAGGCAUUACGGAAGGCGCAGGGGCACGGAAAACACCACUCUGAAGGGUCAGUCUCAUACUGAUGACGACGCCCAAUGUACAUCCAUGAUAACCAAAACAAAAACUUCACAUAGCCUAUAGAAGCUACGAGGAAUCAAGGCACGUAAUUCAUCCUUGACCGUCACAAAUUCAUCGUCCUUUGGACAGGGCAUUAAUACCAGCGAAACCACUAGUGAAUACCAAAGACAGUUAGUUGCAAGGUCAUGGGUCGACUGUCCUUCAAUUCUUUCAAAUUCUGGCAGCAACGUCUGAAGUAAUGGAGCUUGGCCAUGGCUGGCCGACCGACCACAACAGCCAAAACUCCGGAUGCUCAGUCACGCCAUAGCAGCCUAACGCUCCCAGCUCGACAGCUCGGCAAGAUGCCGCAAAGCUUUCAUCCAUCCUGCCCCCGACUUGCUGGUUCCAAGCUCAUUGAUGAGCUCUGAGACUGGUGGCCUUGAGGCCAAUCCGGCCAACUUGGCUGUCCGAGGCAAUCAUGUGAUCAUACGGACCGGUAAAGAUGUGUUGCAGUUCCAGCGGGACUGCAUUCAACCUUCAAAACCCGUCUCCCCAAGCUAGCCUCUCUGCCUCGUCAACAUUUGGAGGCAGUCCAUGGGAUUGUCCGACGGUGAGUAGUAGUUGCCCGAGGUUCCGAGGUUUAAAGGUAAGACGAUUCGGCCAAGGCGGUAGUUGGUGUAGUCCUCAUGGCAGUGCCGAGCAGAUUCAGUGACUUUUGUAUGAAGCCCACUCUAUGAUUAACAACUCAGGCAGGCGCCUUCUCCUCCAUAGAACCACUCUCCGGCGCCUCGUCCUCCUUGUUGAUCGGCUCGCCUUCCGAGUCGAGCCCCAGCGCGGCCAGCUCCCUCACGAGCUCAUUGAUCUUGAUGACCUUUGCGAUCUGCUCUGGAAGCAGCGCCUGCCCGCCCUCCUUUUUGUCCUGGAGCUCGCGGGCCUGCUUGAGCUUCUUCUUUAGAUUCCUGGCCUUCUUUUCGCGCUCCGCCUCAGGGGCCAGCGCCGUCUCGGCAGGACGCCCAUCCUCCCCCUUCACUUCCUCUGCUGCGGCGCCGUUCACCUUGUCUGCUUCCCCCUUUGGCGUGGCGUUCUCGUCAGCAGCCUUGGCCUUCUUCCGCGCCUCUCGCCGCUUGGCAUUCUUAUUCGCGGCGGCAGAGCCGGCGGCCUUGGUGUCGUCUGUGACCGCCGCUUCUGCACCGAUCACGCCCCCCUUGGCGGCACGGCUGCGGAAGCCCUCGGCCGUGCGGUUCUUGUAGACCUCGACAUCCUCUGGCGGCCGAUAGCCGGGCUUGAUCUUGAUGGCCCGGCGGGUGGAGCCGUCGGCACGGACGGAUUCGGGGAUGUGGCGCUCGCCAGAGGACUCGUCCGUGACGAUGCCUGAGUUUGUGGGUUGGGAGGGCAUGAUUGGUUUGGAACAAGAGACUGCAGAUCCGAAAAGAAUGGAAUUCGUCACGAGGGUUGGCUGGAGUCGCUGCGGGAAAGCCUCAUCUGAAUUACAUACACAGUUGAUUGUAAAAGGUAGAAGUCGCCGAAAUCUGGAAUUUCCUUGAAGAAAAUAAGAGUGAAAAUGCACUUUGCUUCGAGCCUGGAAAGGGCGAUGGCGCCCGACCUAUUGUGAUUGUGAACAAUCGGCGGGACAAAAGUG